CUGGACUGCCGAUUCCAAGGGGGCGAAGCUUCUGUCCGUUCGUAUUGGCGUCCGGAUUCGUGGCAAGUUCAUCCCUAUGUCGUCACGGACGUAGCGAGAUCCUCUCAACUAUCCAGAGUACCAAACCAGAAUGCAGGACCACAGUUCAGGAUGCAGAAAACGUUGUUGCUGUGUUUUAUCCAUGGCUUCAAGGGCGACGACGAUACCUUUGCUGGCUUCCCAGCACACCUACGAGCCAUCUUGAGCCAUGCUCUCCCUCGUUUGAAUAUCCUCACCAUCGUGUACCCCCGCUUCGAGACGCGAGGCGACCUGCGCGAGACCGUCGCUCGUUUCAAAGAAUGGCUGCAGAAUAAGGUCAUCGACCUUGAGGUCGCAAAUGGAACCCCCAGUCCGACCGUGGAUCCCUCCGUCCAUGUUCUCUUGGUUGGCCACAGCAUGGGUGGAAUAAUCGGCGCCGAGACACUGCUCUCCAUUUCGCGCGAUCAACCCGUCUCGUCCCCUACAAACCUCUCCUCCUCAAAAUCAUUCUCCUCUGAUCCGUCCUCGUUCAUGUUCCCGUAUAUCUCGGGUCUACUGGCGUUCGACACCCCUUAUCUAGGCAUCUCUCCCGGGGUGGUUGCGCACGGCGCCGAAAAGCACUGGACCGCCAGUCAGACUGCAUACAACGCAUAUAACAGCUUCUCCUCCGCGUUCCGGGGCUCGAAUGCUUCCGCAGGCGGUGGCACAGCCGAACAGAUAUCGGCAGGAGCUUCAACCCAGAAAGCUGCAGAAGGUGCCAAACUGGUCCAGGCAGCCAGCGAUGCCAAUGCAGAUGCGGCGCGCACCCCUGCAUGGGCGCGAUGGGGCAAGGUCGCGAUGUUCGCAGGCGCAGCCGGAGCCGUUGCAGCCACGGGAGCGGCCGCGUAUAUGAAUCGCGGUGCCUUGACGUCCGCGUACAGCGAGAGCUGGAGCUGGGUUAGCGGCCAUCUCAUCUUCGUGGGCUGCCUAACGAGAGGCGAAGAGCUGCGGCAGAGGAUGGCGGCUGUGGAGCAGGAGGUGCAGACGCGAGGCGUAGGGUUCUCGAAUUGCUAUACGGUGCUGGGCCGUGGAGCGAAGAACGCAGACGGUUGGUUUGCGGCUGGAGGAGGCGAGAGUGGAGAUAUGGCCAAGCUGGAAGAUGGGACUGAACGAACAUUCGUGGUGGUCCCGAAGGAAAAUGGGAAGAGUGGCUGGCGGAAAUUUUUCAUCCCUUGUGUGAAUGACGCCGCGUCCGCGGAGGUAGGGGCACAUAUGGCGAUGUUCACACCCCUCACGAAUCCGGGAUACUACGAGAUGACACAGAAGGCCAGGGAGCUGAUCGUCGCGUGGACACUGAGCGAAAGGGGGAAGGAAUGGUACGAUGAGGCCGACAUGCCUAACAACGGACCGGAAAAGCUUGAAGAGGGCGAGAUUAUUUCUCCCGACGAUACCGCGGUGGACGGUGACUAUGAAAUGGAGUUUGAAGACGUGAAGCGGACGGCAUGAAUAACGGUCGCUGAAAUAGCUAUCAAUUAGGUAUAGGUGGUUUGUGCUCAAUCGGUUCACGCUUUAACAUAACUUUAUGGGAAACAAUCGGUUACUCGAGUCCAUUCAAUUAUGAUAAUGUACACUACUAUAAGAUUCCGGUUGUAGGAAACCGUAUUCGUCAACGUC